AUGACGGCCGCAGAUGAUGACAUAGACGAGGACGCGUUGCUCUACGGCGAUGUCGACGACGACGCGCCGGUUCGAUCGACGACGACGGCGACGACGGCGCGCGCGGCGGCGGCGCCGGUCAAGGCGGCCGCGGCGCCGCCGCGCACGUCUUCUCCGAACGUCCCGGACGACGGCCGCCCGACCGCGGUCUACGUCGCCUCUCUCACGUGGUGGACCACGGACGCGGAGCUGGAGGCGAUUCUCGGCGAGUUUGGCCGAGUGAAGUCGCUGACGUUUUUCGCGGACAAGGCAACCGGGAAGAGCAAAGGGUGCUGCGCGGUGGAGUUCGCGACGGCGGAUGCGGCGGCGCAGUGCAAGGAGAAUCUGCACGGAAAGGAGAUAAAUGGAAAGUCGUGCGUGGUGACGUUCGCGGAAAUUCCAAAAGUGCAACCGGCGGCGGCGUCGCUCGGGCGGAACGAUCCUUUGCCGCCGCCGCCGGACACGGCGUGGAAGGGGCCGAUUCCGCCGGAUAAGCCCGGAUACGGCGGCGUUCCGUAUCCAGCGCCGGUGCGUCCGCCGCCGCCGAUGCACCCGCAACAGAUGAUGAUGAUGCAGCAACAGAUGCGCGGCGCGCCCCCGGGAGCGCGAGCGCAGACGGGCGCGGGCGUCGGCCCGCCGCCCCCGCCGCCGCCAAUCAAACGAGCGAGACAGGAAUAG